AUGGCCUUCCUUGACCAAAACUCGGAGAAUGCUCUCCACAUCAGCAAGCGUAUGGAGGGUGCUCGCGUCGUGGAAACGUGUAUGCUUUCCCUACUCGUCGUCCUGUCGGGGUUUCUCACUGGCCUUACGCUAGCCAAGGACUCGUACCACCUUUUGACAACGCUGUCGCUGCUCAACAUUAUCGCCAUCGGGAGCAUCCCCGUUGUAGCCCAGGGCGUGAUUCAAAAUAACCUCCAGUCGGCGCUUAUCUCUACCGCCGCUCUCCUCGUCUUUGCCACUAUCAUCCCUCAAUCCGUUUGCCUACCUUACGCCCUUCCAGUCGCCGGUUGGCUGGGCCCAGCUGUCCAGUUCCUAAUCUGGAUCACCUUCCCCCUCACGUGGCCCAUUGCCAGGCUCCUCGAAUGGACUUUCGGCAACCAGAUUCCUCCAAGGUUCCGUCGUUACGAGCUACGCGAGCUCGUCCGCCAGCACCGCACCGAUGUUGAUGGCGACCUCGACAUCUUUACUGCGGAGAUGACUUGGAAUGCCCUCACGCUGUCGCUCCACACCGCCAGACAUGUAAUGGUCCCCAUCCAUAAGGCGUUCAUGAUCCCACUCGGAAGACAACUGGACUACAAGACCUUUUGCGAGAUUCAAGAGGCGGGCUGGUCUCGCAUUAUCCUGUAUACUGAGGGAGAGGACGGCCGAACCAUUCUUGGGUAUAUCCUCUCCAAGAACCUGAUCCUUGAGAACCCUCAAACCCGCACGCCAAUGGACAAGCAAAUCCUGUACGAGCUCCCCCUCGUCGCCGCCCAAGAACCCCUAACGAAUGUUCUCAAAGUUCUCCUUGAGCGCCAGCGGCACAUGGCCUUAGUCUACCACCCAAAGUCGACCUUCAGCGAUGACGAGAGCUCAUCGCGCCGCCUCUCUUCCCAGUCGUCCUAA